UAUUUAUUUACAAAUAUAAUCACAUAUAACUAAGGUUAAAACCUUAAUUUUCUGUGUAAAUUUGGGGUAAUAUCUUAGAUUUUUUAUAUAAUGUAGACAAUUAGUAGACAAACUAGUCAUACAACUAAUAUGUUGUGAUUAUCAAGGUAAUUUGAUAACGUAUAAUAACUUUUAAUUUCCGCCUUUUAAAACAAAUGUAGACAUGUAUGAUCGAGCUCCUCGCUUCAAGAAAUUGCUCACUGCAACACCUGCAAGAGUAGGUCCUGCAACAUAUUCUUUGACUGACAUUUUUGACAGGAAAACACUAGGUAGUACAGCUCCUUUUAAUUCAACUCAAAUACGAACAUCUGCUUUUGAAAAUAAGAAUGCAGGAAAGUUCCCAAGCCCAAACAAAUAUAAAAUAUGCUUCCGAAAGAACAGAAUUGUUGGUGGCACAACUAUACAAAACAGAUCAGCCAGGUUUAAGCCUAAAUCCAACCUUUCUACCUGUGGCCCAUACCCUGCAAAACAUCUAUGCAGAUUACCUGGGAAGGUACACACUGGCGUCCCACCUCGUAACACUGUUACCAAGGUGUCCAGUAUACCAGAAAAAGGUGCUCAGGGUUAUGAAGUGACAAGUCAGGGACUACACAAAGUGUAUCAUCCACCAGAAAACCGCCCAAUAGGUCCAGCUGAGUACUAUAAUCCUGAGGGUCACCAUAACUACACAACUCUACAGUACAAGGGCAACUUCUGGUCACUGCGGACUGCACAGCGUUUCCGCUAUAAUCAGGAUGAAGGGCCGGGGCCUGCAGACUACUUUGUAGAUCAUGCUGUUGUGUCUCCUUGGCAGCAGUAUCAGCAACAACUGCAGUCUGAGAUCAGAGCACAAGCCCCACUACUGCGUGCUAAUGAUUUGUUACAGCAGAAACUUUGCAGGGAGGGACUACCUGGACCUGCCUCAUACUCUCCUUCAGACCCAAACAGCAAGAAAUGUGAAUGUGGAAAAUCAGGCACUUUUGGUACAUCCGAACGUCAAAACCUCUAUCAAAAGAGUAAUGGCCCAGGACCUGCGGAUUACACAGAUCCCAGAACUGUAAGGAACAAGGUUGUAUCCUUAAGUCAAACUCCUUCUAAGGAUGUCACCCGGUUCCCUGCGUCAAACAGCAUGUCACUGCCAGGGCCAGCAGACUACAUGCCAAAAACCACCAUGCAAGAUGACAUGCAGAAGAGGACCCACUCAAAAUAUUCCAAGUGGAAUGCUCCUUUUGACAGCAGUGCACAUCGGAAUACUUCUCUCUCGCGAAGCAGGGUAGUUGCUUCAUCCCUGGUCCAGACAUCUAUUUCCCUCAGAUACAAAGAAAAGGAGAUGAAAACCAGAGCUCUAUGUUCACUAGUACAACUUCUAGCCAUUCUCCUAAAAUAAUACAGACUUCUCCUGGGCCAGCAGUUUAUUCAACAAGUGAGCCAUACAAGAUCACAACAGCACAGAAAAGCCACUUACACAAUACACAAUCUUCCUUUUUAUCUUCUUCUCACAGACUCGAACCUUUAAAAAUGUCAUGCAGUCCAGCUUCUACCACUUACGAUCUUCCUUCAACCCUGAGUAAGAAAGGAUAUUCCAUCGGUGUGGUCCACCCACCUCGGGUGAGAGAUGUUACCCCGGGUCCACCACAUUAUACAGUACACUCCAAGUAUGCUAAAUCUUCAGUAUUCGACACGCACAACGUGACUUUGAAACCACCAGAAAAUAACAUUCCAAAUUUGCUGAAAGUAAAUAUGACAAAAAUCCUGAGAAGUUUUGUCACAAAGGGAUAAUGAAAUAUAGUUAUUUAAUUAAAAUUGUAUAAAAAUAUAUAAUAAAGAAUAUAA